GCACCCCCCCCCCCCCCUCGAACUUGCCAAGUUUCUGAUUCAAUUCAAUUGAUCACCUUUAGGUAUACUUGAUAUAUACUGGUACCCCCUUAAGUUUUCCCUGGUUCUAAUUAUAGAGGGGCCGUAGUCACACCUAGCAGGACAAACAUAUAUAUUCUUCCUAUCAAUGGGUUCCUCCCUAUUAUCGUUCUUACCGGUAUUCACCGAAGAUGUAUUUCUUCAAUACAGACCAUUCCCUGCUGAACCAACAAAUUUCUUCGUGGCUCAUUGGCAUGAAAUCUUGGGUUCAUAUGUAUUUUACCAAACGAUCCAAUUUUUAUCUCCUUGGUUUUCCACGCGUUUCUUUGGCAAAUCCUAUACUAACCUUCUGCCUAGAACAAAGAUUAAUUUCGAUAUCCAUGUAGUUUCCAUGAUUCAAUGUAUUAUUUCAAUUCUAGUGAUUAUCCCUAUGUUGAAUCAUCCCUUCUAUGUGAAUCUGUUGGUUGAUCCUAAACAAGGUAUCUUGGGAUAUUAUCCAUAUGGUGGAUUUGUCGGUGCUAUCACACUGGGUUAUUUUGUAUGGGACACUUAUGUUUGUUUAAGAUACUUUCAUUUAUUUGGUUGGGGGUUCUUAUUCCAUGGAGUUGCUGCUUUGUACGUUUUCGCUUCCACUUUAGUUCCAUUUUGUUUACCAUGGAUUCCUGCAUUCUUACUUUUUGAAUUAAGUACUCCAUUUGUAAAUAUGAAUUGGUUCGCAUCUCGUUUACCUAGUGGGGUAUUUAGUGCUAAAUUCGUUGCCAUCAAUGGGAUUUUAUUAAUGGUUACAUUCUUCCUGGUUCGUAUUAUUUGGGGGUUAUAUGCUGUCUAUUUAAUUGCCUUUGACAUGUAUGCAGUUAAAGAUCUCGUUCAUCCAUUUUUCCCCUUAUCUAUCUUGGGACUUAAUUUCUUCUUGAAUAUUCUCAAUAUUUACUGGUUCUAUAAAAUGGUCUUGCUUGCUAAAAAGAUGGCAAGUAAAUCUAAAAAGACUGAUUAGAAUUAUUUAUAUAUAUAUGUAUGUAUGACUAUUUAAUUCAUAAAUGAUUCAUUUAAUGAUUAUCAUCUCCUAGACUAUAUUUCAAUUCAUAUAAUUUUAAAUUUUGC